GGGAGAGGGAGUCAAAACCAAGGAGGAGGAGGCGACACCAGGGGAGAGGAGUCAAAACCAAGGAGGAGGAGGCGACACCAGGGGAGAGGAGUCAAAACCAGGAGGAGGAGGCGACACCAGGGGAGAGGAGUCAAAACCAAGGAGGAGGAGGCGACACCAGGGGAGAGGAGUCAAAACCAAGGAGGAGGAGGCGACACAGGGGAGAGGAGUCAAAACCAAGGAGGAGGAGGCGACACCAGGGGAGAGGAGUCAAACCAAGGAGGAGGAGGCGACACCAGGGGAGAGGAGUCAAAACCAAGGAGGAGGAGGCGACCCAGGGGAGAGGAGUCAAAACCAAGGAGGAGGAGGCGACACCAGGGGAGAGGAGUCAAAACCAAGGAGGAUGGAGGCGACACCAGGGGAGAGGAGUCAAAACCAGGAGGGAGGGAGGCGACACCAGGGGAGAGAGAAGUCAAAAAACCAAGGAGGAGGAGGCGAACACCAGGGGAGAGGAGUCAAAAACCAAGGAGGAGGAGGCGACACCAGGGAGAGGAGUCAAAAACCAAGGGAGGAGGAGGCGACACCAGGGGAGAGUAGUCAAAAACCAAGGAGGAGGAGGAGGCGACACCAGGGGAGAGGAGUCCAAACCAAGGAGGAGGAGGCGACACCAGGGGGAGAGGAGUCAAAACCAAGGAGGAGGAGCGACACCAGGGGAGAGGAGUCAAAACCAAGGAGGAGGAGGCGACACCAGGGGAGAGGAGUCAAAACCAAGGAGGAGGAGGCGACACCAGGGGAGAGGAGUCAAAACCAAGGAGGAGGAGGCGACACCAGGGGAGAGGAGUCAAAACCAAGGAGGAGGAGGCGACACCAGGGGAGAGGAGUCAAAACCAAGGAGGAGGAGGCGACACCAGGGGAGAGGAGUCAAAACCAAGGAGGAGGAGGCGACACCAGGGGAGAGGAGUCAAAACCAAGGAGGAGGAGGCGACACCAGGGGAGAGGAGUCAAAACCAAGGAGGAGGAGGCGACACCAGGGGAGAGGAGUCAAAACCAAGGAGGAGGAGGCGACACCAGGGGAGAGGAGUCAAAACCAAGGAGGAGGAGGCGACACCAGGGGAGAGGAGUCAAAACCAAGGAGGAGGAGGCGACACCAGGGGAGAGGAGUCAAAACCAAGGAGGAGGAGGCGACACCAGGGGAGAGGAGUCAAAACCAAGGAGGAGGAGGCGACACCAGGGGAGAGGAGUCAAAACCAAGGAGGAGGAGGCGACACCAGGGGAGAGGAGUCAAAACCAAGGAGGAGGAGGCGACACCAGGGGAGAGGAGUCAAAACCAAGGAGGAGGAGGCGACACCAGGGGAGAGGAGUCAAAACCAAGGAGGAGGAGGCGACACCAGGGGAGAGGAGUCAAAACCAAGGAGGAGGAGGCGACACCAGGGGAGAGGAGUCAAAACCAAGGAGGAGGAGGCGACACCAGGGGAGAGGAGUCAAAACCAAGGAGGAGGAGGCGACACCAGGGGAGAGGAGUCAAAACCAAGGAGGAGGAGGCGACACCAGGGGAGAGGAGUCAAAACCAAGGAGGAGGAGGCGACACCAGGGGAGAGGAGUCAAAACCAAGGAGGAGGAGGCGACACCAGGGGAGAGGAGUCAAAACCAAGGAGGAGGAGGCGACACCAGGGGAGAGGAGUCAAAACCAAGGAGGAGGAGGCGACACCAGGGGAGAGGAGUCAAAACCAAGGAGGAGGAGGCGACACCAGGGGAGAGGAGUCAAAACCAAGGAGGAGGAGGCGACACCAGGGGAGAGGAGUCAAAACCAAGGAGGAGGAGGCGACACCAGGGGAGAGGAGUCAAAACCAAGGAGGAGGAGGCGACACCAGGGGAGAGGAGUCAAAACCAAGGAGGAGGAGGCGACACCAGGGGAGAGGAGUCAAAACCAAGGAGGAGGAGGCGACACCAGGGGAGAGGAGUCAAAACCAAGGAGGAGGAGGCGACACCAGGGGAGAGGAGUCAAAACCAAGGAGGAGGAGGCGACACCAGGGGAGAGGAGUCAAAACCAAGGAGGAGGAGGCGACACCAGGGGAGAGGAGUCAAAACCAAGGAGGAGGAGGCGACACCAGGGGAGAGGAGUCAAAACCAAGGAGGAGGAGGCGACACCAGGGGAGAGGAGUCAAAACCAAGGAGGAGGAGGCGACACCAGGGGAGAGGAGUCAAAACCAAGGAGGAGGAGGCGACACCAGGGGAGAGGAGUCAAAACCAAGGAGGAGGAGGCGACACCAGGGGAGAGGAGUCAAAACCAAGGAGGAGGAGGCGACACCAGGGGAGAGGAGUCAAAACCAAGGAGGAGGAGGCGACACCAGGGGAGAGGAGUCAAAACCAAGGAGGAGGAGGCGACACCAGGGGAGAGGAGUCAAAACCAAGGAGGAGGAGGCGACACCAGGGGAGAGGAGUCAAAACCAAGGAGGAGGAGGCGACACCAGGGGAGAGGAGUCAAAACCAAGGAGGAGGAGGCGACACCAGGGGAGAGGAGUCAAAACCAAGGAGGAGGAGGCGACACCAGGGGAGAGGAGUCAAAACCAAGGAGGAGGAGGCGACACCAGGGGAGAGGAGUCAAAACCAAGGAGGAGGAGGCGACACCAGGGGAGAGGAGUCAAAACCAAGGAGGAGGAGGCGACACCAGGGGAGAGGAGUCAAAACCAAGGAGGAGGAGGCGACACCAGGGGAGAGGAGUCAAAACCAAGGAGGAGGAGGCGACACCAGGGGAGAGGAGUCAAAACCAAGGAGGAGGAGGCGACACCAGGGGAGAGGAGUCAAAACCAAGGAGGAGGAGGCGACACCAGGGGAGAGGAGUCAAAACCAAGGAGGAGGAGGCGACACCAGGGGAGAGGAGUCAAAACCAAGGAGGAGGAGGCGACACCAGGGGAGAGGAGUCAAAACCAAGGAGGAGGAGGCGACACCAGGGGAGAGGAGUCAAAACCAAGGAGGAGGAGGCGACACCAGGGGAGAGGAGUCAAAACCAAGGAGGAGGAGGCGACACCAGGGGAGAGGAGUCAAAACCAAGGAGGAGGAGGCGACACCAGGGGAGAGGAGUCAAAACCAAGGAGGAGGAGGCGACACCAGGGGAGAGGAGUCAAAACCAAGGAGGAGGAGGCGACACCAGGGGAGAGGAGUCAAAACCAAGGAGGAGGAGGCGACACCAGGGGAGAGGAGUCAAAACCAAGGAGGAGGAGGCGACACCAGGGGAGAGGAGUCAAAACCAAGGAGGAGGAGGCGACACCAGGGGAGAGGAGUCAAAACCAAGGAGGAGGAGGCGACACCAGGGGAGAGGAGUCAAAACCAAGGAGGAGGAGGCGACACCAGGGGAGAGGAGUCAAAACCAAGGAGGAGGAGGCGACACCAGGGGAGAGGAGUCAAAACCAAGGAGGAGGAGGCGACACCAGGGGAGAGGAGUCAAAACCAAGGAGGAGGAGGCGACACCAGGGGAGAGGAGUCAAAACCAAGGAGGAGGAGGCGACACCAGGGGAGAGGAGUCAAAACCAAGGAGGAGGAGGCGACACCAGGGGAGAGGAGUCAAAACCAAGGAGGAGGAGGCGACACCAGGGGAGAGGAGUCAAAACCAAGGAGGAGGAGGCGACACCAGGGGAGAGGAGUCAAAACCAAGGAGGAGGAGGCGACACCAGGGGAGAGGAGUCAAAACCAAGGAGGAGGAGGCGACACCAGGGGAGAGGAGUCAAAACCAAGGAGGAGGAGGCGACACCAGGGGAGAGGAGUCAAAACCAAGGAGGAGGAGGCGACACCAGGGGAGAGGAGUCAAAACCAAGGAGGAGGAGGCGACACCAGGGGAGAGGAGUCAAAACCAAGGAGGAGGAGGCGACACCAGGGGAGAGGAGUCAAAACCAAGGAGGAGGAGGCGACACCAGGGGAGAGGAGUCAAAACCAAGGAGGAGGAGGCGACACCAGGGGAGAGGAGUCAAAACCAAGGAGGAGGAGGCGACACCAGGGGAGAGGAGUCAAAACCAAGGAGGAGGAGGCGACACCAGGGGAGAGGAGUCAAAACCAAGGAGGAGGAGGCGACACCAGGGGAGAGGAGUCAAAACCAAGGAGGAGGAGGCGACACCAGGGGAGAGGAGUCAAAACCAAGGAGGAGGAGGCGACACCAGGGGAGAGGAGUCAAAACCAAGGAGGAGGAGGCGACACCAGGGGAGAGGAGUCAAAACCAAGGAGGAGGAGGCGACACCAGGGGAGAGGAGUCAAAACCAAGGAGGAGGAGGCGACACCAGGGGAGAGGAGUCAAAACCAAGGAGGAGGAGGCGACACCAGGGGAGAGGAGUCAAAACCAAGGAGGAGGAGGCGACACCAGGGGAGAGGAGUCAAAACCAAGGAGGAGGAGGCGACACCAGGGGAGAGGAGUCAAAACCAAGGAGGAGGAGGCGACACCAGGGGAGAGGAGUCAAAACCAAGGAGGAGGAGGCGACACCAGGGGAGAGGAGUCAAAACCAAGGAGGAGGAGGCGACACCAGGGGAGAGGAGUCAAAACCAAGGAGGAGGAGGCGACACCAGGGGAGAGGAGUCAAAACCAAGGAGGAGGAGGCGACACCAGGGGAGAGGAGUCAAAACCAAGGAGGAGGAGGCGACACCAGGGGAGAGGAGUCAAAACCAAGGAGGAGGAGGCGACACCAGGGGAGAGGAGUCAAAACCAAGGAGGAGGAGGCGACACCAGGGGAGAGGAGUCAAAACCAAGGAGGAGGAGGCGACACCAGGGGAGAGGAGUCAAAACCAAGGAGGAGGAGGCGACACCAGGGGAGAGGAGUCAAAACCAAGGAGGAGGAGGCGACACCAGGGGAGAGGAGUCAAAACCAAGGAGGAGGAGGCGACACCAGGGGAGAGGAGUCAAAACCAAGGAGGAGGAGGCGACACCAGGGGAGAGGAGUCAAAACCAAGGAGGAGGAGGCGACACCAGGGGAGAGGAGUCAAAACCAAGGAGGAGGAGGCGACACCAGGGGAGAGGAGUCAAAACCAAGGAGGAGGAGGCGACACCAGGGGAGAGGAGUCAAAACCAAGGAGGAGGAGGCGACACCAGGGGAGAGGAGUCAAAACCAAGGAGGAGGAGGCGACACCAGGGGAGAGGAGUCAAAACCAAGGAGGAGGAGGCGACACCAGGGGAGAGGAGUCAAAACCAAGGAGGAGGAGGCGACACCAGGGGAGAGGAGUCAAAACCAAGGAGGAGGAGGCGACACCAGGGGAGAGGAGUCAAAACCAAGGAGGAGGAGGCGACACCAGGGGAGAGGAGUCAAAACCAAGGAGGAGGAGGCGACACCAGGGGAGAGGAGUCAAAACCAAGGAGGAGGAGGCGACACCAGGGGAGAGGAGUCAAAACCAAGGAGGAGGAGGCGACACCAGGGGAGAGGAGUCAAAACCAAGGAGGAGGAGGCGACACCAGGGGAGAGGAGUCAAAACCAAGGAGGAGGAGGCGACACCAGGGGAGAGGAGUCAAAACCAAGGAGGAGGAGGCGACACCAGGGGAGAGGAGUCAAAACCAAGGAGGAGGAGGCGACACCAGGGGAGAGGAGUCAAAACCAAGGAGGAGGAGGCGACACCAGGGGAGAGGAGUCAAAACCAAGGAGGAGGAGGCGACACCAGGGGAGAGGAGUCAAAACCAAGGAGGAGGAGGCGACACCAGGGGAGAGGAGUCAAAACCAAGGAGGAGGAGGCGACACCAGGGGAGAGGAGUCAAAACCAAGGAGGAGGAGGCGACACCAGGGGAGAGGAGUCAAAACCAAGGAGGAGGAGGCGACACCAGGGGAGAGGAGUCAAAACCAAGGAGGAGGAGGCGACACCAGGGGAGAGGAGUCAAAACCAAGGAGGAGGAGGCGACACCAGGGGAGAGGAGUCAAAACCAAGGAGGAGGAGGCGACACCAGGGGAGAGGAGUCAAAACCAAGGAGGAGGAGGCGACACCAGGGGAGAGGAGUCAAAACCAAGGAGGAGGAGGCGACACCAGGGGAGAGGAGUCAAAACCAAGGAGGAGGAGGCGACACCAGGGGAGAGGAGUCAAAACCAAGGAGGAGGAGGCGACACCAGGGGAGAGGAGUCAAAACCAAGGAGGAGGAGGCGACACCAGGGGAGAGGAGUCAAAACCAAGGAGGAGGAGGCGACACCAGGGGAGAGGAGUCAAAACCAAGGAGGAGGAGGCGACACCAGGGGAGAGGAGUCAAAACCAAGGAGGAGGAGGCGACACCAGGGGAGAGGAGUCAAAACCAAGGAGGAGGAGGCGACACCAGGGGAGAGGAGUCAAAACCAAGGAGGAGGAGGCGACACCAGGGGAGAGGAGUCAAAACCAAGGAGGAGGAGGCGACACCAGGGGAGAGGAGUCAAAACCAAGGAGGAGGAGGCGACACCAGGGGAGAGGAGUCAAAACCAAGGAGGAGGAGGCGACACCAGGGGAGAGGAGUCAAAACCAAGGAGGAGGAGGCGACACCAGGGGAGAGGAGUCAAAACCAAGGAGGAGGAGGCGACACCAGGGGAGAGGAGUCAAAACCAAGGAGGAGGAGGCGACACCAGGGGAGAGGAGUCAAAACCAAGGAGGAGGAGGCGACACCAGGGGAGAGGAGUCAAAACCAAGGAGGAGGAGGCGACACCAGGGGAGAGGAGUCAAAACCAAGGAGGAGGAGGCGACACCAGGGGAGAGGAGUCAAAACCAAGGAGGAGGAGGCGACACCAGGGGAGAGGAGUCAAAACCAAGGAGGAGGAGGCGACACCAGGGGAGAGGAGUCAAAACCAAGGAGGAGGAGGCGACACCAGGGGAGAGGAGUCAAAACCAAGGAGGAGGAGGCGACACCAGGGGAGAGGAGUCAAAACCAAGGAGGAGGAGGCGACACCAGGGGAGAGGAGUCAAAACCAAGGAGGAGGAGGCGACACCAGGGGAGAGGAGUCAAAACCAAGGAGGAGGAGGCGACACCAGGGGAGAGGAGUCAAAACCAAGGAGGAGGAGGCGACACCAGGGGAGAGGAGUCAAAACCAAGGAGGAGGAGGCGACACCAGGGGAGAGGAGUCAAAACCAAGGAGGAGGAGGCGACACCAGGGGAGAGGAGUCAAAACCAAGGAGGAGGAGGCGACACCAGGGGAGAGGAGUCAAAACCAAGGAGGAGGAGGCGACACCAGGGGAGAGGAGUCAAAACCAAGGAGGAGGAGGCGACACCAGGGGAGAGGAGUCAAAACCAAGGAGGAGGAGGCGACACCAGGGGAGAGGAGUCAAAACCAAGGAGGAGGAGGCGACACCAGGGGAGAGGAGUCAAAACCAAGGAGGAGGAGGCGACACCAGGGGAGAGGAGUCAAAACCAAGGAGGAGGAGGCGACACCAGGGGAGAGGAGUCAAAACCAAGGAGGAGGAGGCGACACCAGGGGAGAGGAGUCAAAACCAAGGAGGAGGAGGCGACACCAGGGGAGAGGAGUCAAAACCAAGGAGGAGGAGGCGACACCAGGGGAGAGGAGUCAAAACCAAGGAGGAGGAGGCGACACCAGGGGAGAGGAGUCAAAACCAAGGAGGAGGAGGCGACACCAGGGGAGAGGAGUCAAAACCAAGGAGGAGGAGGCGACACCAGGGGAGAGGAGUCAAAACCAAGGAGGAGGAGGCGACACCAGGGGAGAGGAGUCAAAACCAAGGAGGAGGAGGCGACACCAGGGGAGAGGAGUCAAAACCAAGGAGGAGGAGGCGACACCAGGGGAGAGGAGUCAAAACCAAGGAGGAGGAGGCGACACCAGGGGAGAGGAGUCAAAACCAAGGAGGAGGAGGCGACACCAGGGGAGAGGAGUCAAAACCAAGGAGGAGGAGGCGACACCAGGGGAGAGGAGUCAAAACCAAGGAGGAGGAGGCGACACCAGGGGAGAGGAGUCAAAACCAAGGAGGAGGAGGCGACACCAGGGGAGAGGAGUCAAAACCAAGGAGGAGGAGGCGACACCAGGGGAGAGGAGUCAAAACCAAGGAGGAGGAGGCGACACCAGGGGAGAGGAGUCAAAACCAAGGAGGAGGAGGCGACACCAGGGGAGAGGAGUCAAAACCAAGGAGGAGGAGGCGACACCAGGGGAGAGGAGUCAAAACCAAGGAGGAGGAGGCGACACCAGGGGAGAGGAGUCAAAACCAAGGAGGAGGAGGCGACACCAGGGGAGAGGAGUCAAAACCAAGGAGGAGGAGGCGACACCAGGGGAGAGGAGUCAAAACCAAGGAGGAGGAGGCGACACCAGGGGAGAGGAGUCAAAACCAAGGAGGAGGAGGCGACACCAGGGGAGAGGAGUCAAAACCAAGGAGGAGGAGGCGACACCAGGGGAGAGGAGUCAAAACCAAGGAGGAGGAGGCGACACCAGGGGAGAGGAGUCAAAACCAAGGAGGAGGAGGCGACACCAGGGGAGAGGAGUCAAAACCAAGGAGGAGGAGGCGACACCAGGGGAGAGGAGUCAAAACCAAGGAGGAGGAGGCGACACCAGGGGAGAGGAGUCAAAACCAAGGAGGAGGAGGCGACACCAGGGGAGAGGAGUCAAAACCAAGGAGGAGGAGGCGACACCAGGGGAGAGGAGUCAAAACCAAGGAGGAGGAGGCGACACCAGGGGAGAGGAGUCAAAACCAAGGAGGAGGAGGCGACACCAGGGGAGAGGAGUCAAAACCAAGGAGGAGGAGGCGACACCAGGGGAGAGGAGUCAAAACCAAGGAGGAGGAGGCGACACCAGGGGAGAGGAGUCAAAACCAAGGAGGAGGAGGCGACACCAGGGGAGAGGAGUCAAAACCAAGGAGGAGGAGGCGACACCAGGGGAGAGGAGUCAAAACCAAGGAGGAGGAGGCGACACCAGGGGAGAGGAGUCAAAACCAAGGAGGAGGAGGCGACACCAGGGGAGAGGAGUCAAAACCAAGGAGGAGGAGGCGACACCAGGGGAGAGGAGUCAAAACCAAGGAGGAGGAGGCGACACCAGGGGAGAGGAGUCAAAACCAAGGAGGAGGAGGCGACACCAGGGGAGAGGAGUCAAAACCAAGGAGGAGGAGGCGACACCAGGGGAGAGGAGUCAAAACCAAGGAGGAGGAGGCGACACCAGGGGAGAGGAGUCAAAACCAAGGAGGAGGAGGCGACACCAGGGGAGAGGAGUCAAAACCAAGGAGGAGGAGGCGACACCAGGGGAGAGGAGUCAAAACCAAGGAGGAGGAGGCGACACCAGGGGAGAGGAGUCAAAACCAAGGAGGAGGAGGCGACACCAGGGGAGAGGAGUCAAAACCAAGGAGGAGGAGGCGACACCAGGGGAGAGGAGUCAAAACCAAGGAGGAGGAGGCGACACCAGGGGAGAGGAGUCAAAACCAAGGAGGAGGAGGCGACACCAGGGGAGAGGAGUCAAAACCAAGGAGGAGGAGGCGACACCAGGGGAGAGGAGUCAAAACCAAGGAGGAGGAGGCGACACCAGGGGAGAGGAGUCAAAACCAAGGAGGAGGAGGCGACACCAGGGGAGAGGAGUCAAAACCAAGGAGGAGGAGGCGACACCAGGGGAGAGGAGUCAAAACCAAGGAGGAGGAGGCGACACCAGGGGAGAGGAGUCAAAACCAAGGAGGAGGAGGCGACACCAGGGGAGAGGAGUCAAAACCAAGGAGGAGGAGGCGACACCAGGGGAGAGGAGUCAAAACCAAGGAGGAGGAGGCGACACCAGGGGAGAGGAGUCAAAACCAAGGAGGAGGAGGCGACACCAGGGGAGAGGAGUCAAAACCAAGGAGGAGGAGGCGACACCAGGGGAGAGGAGUCAAAACCAAGGAGGAGGAGGCGACACCAGGGGAGAGGAGUCAAAACCAAGGAGGAGGAGGCGACACCAGGGGAGAGGAGUCAAAACCAAGGAGGAGGAGGCGACACCAGGGGAGAGGAGUCAAAACCAAGGAGGAGGAGGCGACACCAGGGGAGAGGAGUCAAAACCAAGGAGGAGGAGGCGACACCAGGGGAGAGGAGUCAAAACCAAGGAGGAGGAGGCGACACCAGGGGAGAGGAGUCAAAACCAAGGAGGAGGAGGCGACACCAGGGGAGAGGAGUCAAAACCAAGGAGGAGGAGGCGACACCAGGGGAGAGGAGUCAAAACCAAGGAGGAGGAGGCGACACCAGGGGAGAGGAGUCAAAACCAAGGAGGAGGAGGCGACACCAGGGGAGAGGAGUCAAAACCAAGGAGGAGGAGGCGACACCAGGGGAGAGGAGUCAAAACCAAGGAGGAGGAGGCGACACCAGGGGAGAGGAGUCAAAACCAAGGAGGAGGAGGCGACACCAGGGGAGAGGAGUCAAAACCAAGGAGGAGGAGGCGACACCAGGGGAGAGGAGUCAAAACCAAGGAGGAGGAGGCGACACCAGGGGAGAGGAGUCAAAACCAAGGAGGAGGAGGCGACACCAGGGGAGAGGAGUCAAAACCAAGGAGGAGGAGGCGACACCAGGGGAGAGGAGUCAAAACCAAGGAGGAGGAGGCGACACCAGGGGAGAGGAGUCAAAACCAAGGAGGAGGAGGCGACACCAGGGGAGAGGAGUCAAAACCAAGGAGGAGGAGGCGACACCAGGGGAGAGGAGUCAAAACCAAGGAGGAGGAGGCGACACCAGGGGAGAGGAGUCAAAACCAAGGAGGAGGAGGCGACACCAGGGGAGAGGAGUCAAAACCAAGGAGGAGGAGGCGACACCAGGGGAGAGGAGUCAAAACCAAGGAGGAGGAGGCGACACCAGGGGAGAGGAGUCAAAACCAAGGAGGAGGAGGCGACACCAGGGGAGAGGAGUCAAAACCAAGGAGGAGGAGGCGACACCAGGGGAGAGGAGUCAAAACCAAGGAGGAGGAGGCGACACCAGGGGAGAGGAGUCAAAACCAAGGAGGAGGAGGCGACACCAGGGGAGAGGAGUCAAAACCAAGGAGGAGGAGGCGACACCAGGGGAGAGGAGUCAAAACCAAGGAGGAGGAGGCGACACCAGGGGAGAGGAGUCAAAACCAAGGAGGAGGAGGCGACACCAGGGGAGAGGAGUCAAAACCAAGGAGGAGGAGGCGACACCAGGGGAGAGGAGUCAAAACCAAGGAGGAGGAGGCGACACCAGGGGAGAGGAGUCAAAACCAAGGAGGAGGAGGCGACACCAGGGGAGAGGAGUCAAAACCAAGGAGGAGGAGGCGACACCAGGGGAGAGGAGUCAAAACCAAGGAGGAGGAGGCGACACCAGGGGAGAGGAGUCAAAACCAAGGAGGAGGAGGCGACACCAGGGGAGAGGAGUCAAAACCAAGGAGGAGGAGGCGACACCAGGGGAGAGGAGUCAAAACCAAGGAGGAGGAGGCGACACCAGGGGAGAGGAGUCAAAACCAAGGAGGAGGAGGCGACACCAGGGGAGAGGAGUCAAAACCAAGGAGGAGGAGGCGACACCAGGGGAGAGGAGUCAAAACCAAGGAGGAGGAGGCGACACCAGGGGAGAGGAGUCAAAACCAAGGAGGAGGAGGCGACACCAGGGGAGAGGAGUCAAAACCAAGGAGGAGGAGGCGACACCAGGGGAGAGGAGUCAAAACCAAGGAGGAGGAGGCGACACCAGGGGAGAGGAGUCAAAACCAAGGAGGAGGAGGCGACACCAGGGGAGAGGAGUCAAAACCAAGGAGGAGGAGGCGACACCAGGGGAGAGGAGUCAAAACCAAGGAGGAGGAGGCGACACCAGGGGAGAGGAGUCAAAACCAAGGAGGAGGAGGCGACACCAGGGGAGAGGAGUCAAAACCAAGGAGGAGGAGGCGACACCAGGGGAGAGGAGUCAAAACCAAGGAGGAGGAGGCGACACCAGGGGAGAGGAGUCAAAACCAAGGAGGAGGAGGCGACACCAGGGGAGAGGAGUCAAAACCAAGGAGGAGGAGGCGACACCAGGGGAGAGGAGUCAAAACCAAGGAGGAGGAGGCGACACCAGGGGAGAGGAGUCAAAACCAAGGAGGAGGAGGCGACACCAGGGGAGAGGAGUCAAAACCAAGGAGGAGGAGGCGACACCAGGGGAGAGGAGUCAAAACCAAGGAGGAGGAGGCGACACCAGGGGAGAGGAGUCAAAACCAAGGAGGAGGAGGCGACACCAGGGGAGAGGAGUCAAAACCAAGGAGGAGGAGGCGACACCAGGGGAGAGGAGUCAAAACCAAGGAGGAGGAGGCGACACCAGGGGAGAGGAGUCAAAACCAAGGAGGAGGAGGCGACACCAGGGGAGAGGAGUCAAAACCAAGGAGGAGGAGGCGACACCAGGGGAGAGGAGUCAAAACCAAGGAGGAGGAGGCGACACCAGGGGAGAGGAGUCAAAACCAAGGAGGAGGAGGCGACACCAGGGGAGAGGAGUCAAAACCAAGGAGGAGGAGGCGACACCAGGGGAGAGGAGUCAAAACCAAGGAGGAGGAGGCGACACCAGGGGAGAGGAGUCAAAACCAAGGAGGAGGAGGCGACACCAGGGGAGAGGAGUCAAAACCAAGGAGGAGGAGGCGACACCAGGGGAGAGGAGUCAAAACCAAGGAGGAGGAGGCGACACCAGGGGAGAGGAGUCAAAACCAAGGAGGAGGAGGCGACACCAGGGGAGAGGAGUCAAAACCAAGGAGGAGGAGGCGACACCAGGGGAGAGGAGUCAAAACCAAGGAGGAGGAGGCGACACCAGGGGAGAGGAGUCAAAACCAAGGAGGAGGAGGCGACACCAGGGGAGAGGAGUCAAAACCAAGGAGGAGGAGGCGACACCAGGGGAGAGGAGUCAAAACCAAGGAGGAGGAGGCGACACCAGGGGAGAGGAGUCAAAACCAAGGAGGAGGAGGCGACACCAGGGGAGAGGAGUCAAAACCAAGGAGGAGGAGGCGACACCAGGGGAGAGGAGUCAAAACCAAGGAGGAGGAGGCGACACCAGGGGAGAGGAGUCAAAACCAAGGAGGAGGAGGCGACACCAGGGGAGAGGAGUCAAAACCAAGGAGGAGGAGGCGACACCAGGGGAGAGGAGUCAAAACCAAGGAGGAGGAGGCGACACCAGGGGAGAGGAGUCAAAACCAAGGAGGAGGAGGCGACACCAGGGGAGAGGAGUCAAAACCAAGGAGGAGGAGGCGACACCAGGGGAGAGGAGUCAAAACCAAGGAGGAGGAGGCGACACCAGGGGAGAGGAGUCAAAACCAAGGAGGAGGAGGCGACACCAGGGGAGAGGAGUCAAAACCAAGGAGGAGGAGGCGACACCAGGGGAGAGGAGUCAAAACCAAGGAGGAGGAGGCGACACCAGGGGAGAGGAGUCAAAACCAAGGAGGAGGAGGCGACACCAGGGGAGAGGAGUCAAAACCAAGGAGGAGGAGGCGACACCAGGGGAGAGGAGUCAAAACCAAGGAGGAGGAGGCGACACCAGGGGAGAGGAGUCAAAACCAAGGAGGAGGAGGCGACACCAGGGGAGAGGAGUCAAAACCAAGGAGGAGGAGGCGACACCAGGGGAGAGGAGUCAAAACCAAGGAGGAGGAGGCGACACCAGGGGAGAGGAGUCAAAACCAAGGAGGAGGAGGCGACACCAGGGGAGAGGAGUCAAAACCAAGGAGGAGGAGGCGACACCAGGGGAGAGGAGUCAAAACCAAGGAGGAGGAGGCGACACCAGGGGAGAGGAGUCAAAACCAAGGAGGAGGAGGCGACACCAGGGGAGAGGAGUCAAAACCAAGGAGGAGGAGGCGACACCAGGGGAGAGGAGUCAAAACCAAGGAGGAGGAGGCGACACCAGGGGAGAGGAGUCAAAACCAAGGAGGAGGAGGCGACACCAGGGGAGAGGAGUCAAAACCAAGGAGGAGGAGGCGACACCAGGGGAGAGGAGUCAAAACCAAGGAGGAGGAGGCGACACCAGGGGAGAGGAGUCAAAACCAAGGAGGAGGAGGCGACACCAGGGGAGAGGAGUCAAAACCAAGGAGGAGGAGGCGACACCAGGGGAGAGGAGUCAAAACCAAGGAGGAGGAGGCGACACCAGGGGAGAGGAGUCAAAACCAAGGAGGAGGAGGCGACACCAGGGGAGAGGAGUCAAAACCAAGGAGGAGGAGGCGACACCAGGGGAGAGGAGUCAAAACCAAGGAGGAGGAGGCGACACCAGGGGAGAGGAGUCAAAACCAAGGAGGAGGAGGCGACACCAGGGGAGAGGAGUCAAAACCAAGGAGGAGGAGGCGACACCAGGGGAGAGGAGUCAAAACCAAGGAGGAGGAGGCGACACCAGGGGAGAGGAGUCAAAACCAAGGAGGAGGAGGCGACACCAGGGGAGAGGAGUCAAAACCAAGGAGGAGGAGGCGACACCAGGGGAGAGGAGUCAAAACCAAGGAGGAGGAGGCGACACCAGGGGAGAGGAGUCAAAACCAAGGAGGAGGAGGCGACACCAGGGGAGAGGAGUCAAAACCAAGGAGGAGGAGGCGACACCAGGGGAGAGGAGUCAAAACCAAGGAGGAGGAGGCGACACCAGGGGAGAGGAGUCAAAACCAAGGAGGAGGAGGCGACACCAGGGGAGAGGAGUCAAAACCAAGGAGGAGGAGGCGACACCAGGGGAGAGGAGUCAAAACCAAGGAGGAGGAGGCGACACCAGGGGAGAGGAGUCAAAACCAAGGAGGAGGAGGCGACACCAGGGGAGAGGAGUCAAAACCAAGGAGGAGGAGGCGACACCAGGGGAGAGGAGUCAAAACCAAGGAGGAGGAGGCGACACCAGGGGAGAGGAGUCAAAACCAAGGAGGAGGAGGCGACACCAGGGGAGAGGAGUCAAAACCAAGGAGGAGGAGGCGACACCAGGGGAGAGGAGUCAAAACCAAGGAGGAGGAGGCGACACCAGGGGAGAGGAGUCAAAACCAAGGAGGAGGAGGCGACACCAGGGGAGAGGAGUCAAAACCAAGGAGGAGGAGGCGACACCAGGGGAGAGGAGUCAAAACCAAGGAGGAGGAGGCGACACCAGGGGAGAGGAGUCAAAACCAAGGAGGAGGAGGCGACACCAGGGGAGAGGAGAGUCAAAACCAAGGAGGAGGAGGCGACACCAGGGGAGAGGAGUCAAAACCAAGGAGGAGGAGGCGACACCAGGGGAGAGGAGUCAAAACCAAGGAGGAGGAGGCGACACCAGGGGAGAGGAGUCAAAACCAAGGAGGAGGAGGCGACACCAGGGGAGAGGAGUCAAAACCAAGGAGGAGGAGGCGACACCAGGGGAGAGGAGUCAAAACCAAGGAGGAGGAGGCGACACCAGGGGAGAGGAGUCAAAACCAAGGAGGAGGAGGCGACACCAGGGGAGAGGAGUCAAAACCAAGGAGGAGGAGGCGACACCAGGGGAGAGGAGUCAAAACCAAGGAGGAGGAGGCGACACCAGGGGAGAGGAGUCAAAACCAAGGAGGAGGAGGCGACACCAGGGGAGAGGAGUCAAAACCAAGGAGGAGGAGGCGACACCAGGGGAGAGGAGUCAAAACCAAGGAGGAGGAGGCGACACCAGGGGAGAGGAGUCAAAACCAAGGAGGAGGAGGCGACACCAGGGGAGAGGAGUCAAAACCAAGGAGGAGGAGGCGACACCAGGGGAGAGGAGUCAAAACCAAGGAGGAGGAGGCGACACCAGGGGAGAGGAGUCAAAACCAAGGAGGAGGAGGCGACACCAGGGGAGAGGAGUCAAAACCAAGGAGGAGGAGGCGACACCAGGGGAGAGGAGUCAAAACCAAGGAGGAGGAGGCGACACCAGGGGAGAGGAGUCAAAACCAAGGAGGAGGAGGCGACACCAGGGGAGAGGAGUCAAAACCAAGGAGGAGGAGGCGACACCAGGGGAGAGGAGUCAAAACCAAGGAGGAGGAGGCGACACCAGGGGAGAGGAGUCAAAACCAAGGAGGAGGAGGCGACACCAGGGGAGAGGAGUCAAAACCAAGGAGGAGGAGGCGACACCAGGGGAGAGGAGUCAAAACCAAGGAGGAGGAGGCGACACCAGGGGAGAGGAGUCAAAACCAAGGAGGAGGAGGCGACACCAGGGGAGAGGAGUCAAAACCAAGGAGGAGGAGGCGACACCAGGGGAGAGGAGUCAAAACCAAGGAGGAGGAGGCGACACCAGGGGAGAGGAGUCAAAACCAAGGAGGAGGAGGCGACACCAGGGGAGAGGAGUCAAAACCAAGGAGGAGGAGGCGACACCAGGGGAGAGGAGUCAAAACCAAGGAGGAGGAGGCGACACCAGGGGAGAGGAGUCAAAACCAAGGAGGAGGAGGCGACACCAGGGGAGAGGAGUCAAAACCAAGGAGGAGGAGGCGACACCAGGGGAGAGGAGUCAAAACCAAGGAGGAGGAGGCGACACCAGGGGAGAGGAGUCAAAACCAAGGAGGAGGAGGCGACACCAGGGGAGAGGAGUCAAAACCAAGGAGGAGGAGGCGACACCAGGGGAGAGGAGUCAAAACCAAGGAGGAGGAGGCGACACCAGGGGAGAGGAGUCAAAACCAAGGAGGAGGAGGCGACACCAGGGGAGAGGAGUCAAAACCAAGGAGGAGGAGGCGACACCAGGGGAGAGGAGUCAAAACCAAGGAGGAGGAGGCGACACCAGGGGAGAGGAGUCAAAACCAAGGAGGAGGAGGCGACACCAGGGGAGAGGAGUCAAAACCAAGGAGGAGGAGGCGACACCAGGGGAGAGGAGUCAAAACCAAGGAGGAGGAGGCGACACCAGGGGAGAGGAGUCAAAACCAAGGAGGAGGAGGCGACACCAGGGGAGAGGAGUCAAAACCAAGGAGGAGGAGGCGACACCAGGGGAGAGGAGUCAAAACCAAGGAGGAGGAGGCGACACCAGGGGAGAGGAGUCAAAACCAAGGAGGAGGAGGCGACACCAGGGGAGAGGAGUCAAAACCAAGGAGGAGGAGGCGACACCAGGGGAGAGGAGUCAAAACCAAGGAGGAGGAGGCGACACCAGGGGAGAGGAGUCAAAACCAAGGAGGAGGAGGCGACACCAGGGGAGAGGAGUCAAAACCAAGGAGGAGGAGGCGACACCAGGGGAGAGGAGUCAAAACCAAGGAGGAGGAGGCGACACCAGGGGAGAGGAGUCAAAACCAAGGAGGAGGAGGCGACACCAGGGGAGAGGAGUCAAAACCAAGGAGGAGGAGGCGACACCAGGGGAGAGGAGUCAAAACCAAGGAGGAGGAGGCGACACCAGGGGAGAGGAGUCAAAACCAAGGAGGAGGAGGCGACACCAGGGGAGAGGAGUCAAAACCAAGGAGGAGGAGGCGACACCAGGGGAGAGGAGUCAAAACCAAGGAGGAGGAGGCGACACCAGGGGAGAGGAGUCAAAACCAAGGAGGAGGAGGCGACACCAGGGGAGAGGAGUCAAAACCAAGGAGGAGGAGGCGACACCAGGGGAGAGGAGUCAAAACCAAGGAGGAGGAGGCGACACCAGGGGAGAGGAGUCAAAACCAAGGAGGAGGAGGCGACACCAGGGGAGAGGAGUCAAAACCAAGGAGGAGGAGGCGACACCAGGGGAGAGGAGUCAAAACCAAGGAGGAGGAGGCGACACCAGGGGAGAGGAGUCAAAACCAAGGAGGAGGAGGCGACACCAGGGGAGAGGAGUCAAAACCAAGGAGGAGGAGGCGACACCAGGGGAGAGGAGUCAAAACCAAGGAGGAGGAGGCGACACCAGGGGAGAGGAGUCAAAACCAAGGAGGAGGAGGCGACACCAGGGGAGAGGAGUCAAAACCAAGGAGGAGGAGGCGACACCAGGGGAGAGGAGUCAAAACCAAGGAGGAGGAGGCGACACCAGGGGAGAGGAGUCAAAACCAAGGAGGAGGAGGCGACACCAGGGGAGAGGAGUCAAAACCAAGGAGGAGGAGGCGACACCAGGGGAGAGGAGUCAAAACCAAGGAGGAGGAGGCGACACCAGGGGAGAGGAGUCAAAACCAAGGAGGAGGAGGCGACACCAGGGGAGAGGAGUCAAAACCAAGGAGGAGGAGGCGACACCAGGGGAGAGGAGUCAAAACCAAGGAGGAGGAGGCGACACCAGGGGAGAGGAGUCAAAACCAAGGAGGAGGAGGCGACACCAGGGGAGAGGAGUCAAAACCAAGGAGGAGGAGGCGACACCAGGGGAGAGGAGUCAAAACCAAGGAGGAGGAGGCGACACCAGGGGAGAGGAGUCAAAACCAAGGAGGAGGAGGCGACACCAGGGGAGAGGAGUCAAAACCAAGGAGGAGGAGGCGACACCAGGGGAGAGGAGUCAAAACCAAGGAGGAGGAGGCGACACCAGGGGAGAGGAGUCAAAACCAAGGAGGAGGAGGCGACACCAGGGGAGAGGAGUCAAAACCAAGGAGGAGGAGGCGACACCAGGGGAGAGGAGUCAAAACCAAGGAGGAGGAGGCGACACCAGGGGAGAGGAGUCAAAACCAAGGAGGAGGAGGCGACACCAGGGGAGAGGAGUCAAAACCAAGGAGGAGGAGGCGACACCAGGGGAGAGGAGUCAAAACCAAGGAGGAGGAGGCGACACCAGGGGAGAGGAGUCAAAACCAAGGAGGAGGAGGCGACACCAGGGGAGAGGAGUCAAAACCAAGGAGGAGGAGGCGACACCAGGGGAGAGGAGUCAAAACCAAGGAGGAGGAGGCGACACCAGGGGAGAGGAGUCAAAACCAAGGAGGAGGAGGCGACACCAGGGGAGAGGAGUCAAAACCAAGGAGGAGGAGGCGACACCAGGGGAGAGGAGUCAAAACCAAGGAGGAGGAGGCGACACCAGGGGAGAGGAGUCAAAACCAAGGAGGAGGAGGCGACACCAGGGGAGAGGAGUCAAAACCAAGGAGGAGGAGGCGACACCAGGGGAGAGGAGUCAAAACCAAGGAGGAGGAGGCGACACCAGGGGAGAGGAGUCAAAACCAAGGAGGAGGAGGCGACACCAGGGGAGAGGAGUCAAAACCAAGGAGGAGGAGGCGACACCAGGGGAGAGGAGUCAAAACCAAGGAGGAGGAGGCGACACCAGGGGAGAGGAGUCAAAACCAAGGAGGAGGAGGCGACACCAGGGGAGAGGAGUCAAAACCAAGGAGGAGGAGGCGACACCAGGGGAGAGGAGUCAAAACCAAGGAGGAGGAGGCGACACCAGGGGAGAGGAGUCAAAACCAAGGAGGAGGAGGCGACACCAGGGGAGAGGAGUCAAAACCAAGGAGGAGGAGGCGACACCAGGGGAGAGGAGUCAAAACCAAGGAGGAGGAGGCGACACCAGGGGAGAGGAGUCAAAACCAAGGAGGAGGAGGCGACACCAGGGGAGAGGAGUCAAAACCAAGGAGGAGGAGGCGACACCAGGGGAGAGGAGUCAAAACCAAGGAGGAGGAGGCGACACCAGGGGAGAGGAGUCAAAACCAAGGAGGAGGAGGCGACACCAGGGGAGAGGAGUCAAAACCAAGGAGGAGGAGGCGACACCAGGGGAGAGGAGUCAAAACCAAGGAGGAGGAGGCGACACCAGGGGAGAGGAGUCAAAACCAAGGAGGAGGAGGCGACACCAGGGGAGAGGAGUCAAAACCAAGGAGGAGGAGGCGACACCAGGGGAGAGGAGUCAAAACCAAGGAGGAGGAGGCGACACCAGGGGAGAGGAGUCAAAACCAAGGAGGAGGAGGCGACACCAGGGGAGAGGAGUCAAAACCAAGGAGGAGGAGGCGACACCAGGGGAGAGGAGUCAAAACCAAGGAGGAGGAGGCGACACCAGGGGAGAGGAGUCAAAACCAAGGAGGAGGAGGCGACACCAGGGGAGAGGAGUCAAAACCAAGGAGGAGGAGACGACACCAGGGGAGAGGAGUCAAAACCAAGGAGGAGGAGGGCGACACCAGGGGAGAGGAGUCAAAACCAAGGAGGAGGAGGUGAACACCAGGGGAGAGGAGGUCAAAACCAAGAGGAGGAGGAAGGCGACACGCAGGGGAGAGGAGUCAAAACCAAGGAGGAGGAGGCGACACCAGGGGAGAGGAGUCAAACCAAGGAGGAGGAGGCGAGACCAGGGGAGAGGAGUCAAAACCAAGGGAGGAGGAGGCGACACCAGGGGAGAGGAGUCAAAACCAAGGAGGAGGAGGCGACACCAGGGGAGAGGAGUCAAAACCAAGGAGGGAGGAGGCCAACACCAGGGGAGAGGAGUCAAAACCAAGGAGGAGGAGGCGACACCAGGGGAGAGGAGUCAAAACCAAGGAGGAGGAGGCGACACCAGGGGAGGGGGGGGGGAGAGGAGUCAAACCAAGGAGGAGGAGGACGACACCGAGGGGAGAGGAGUCAAAACCAGAGGAGGAGGAGGCGACACCAGGGAGAGGAGUCAAAACCAAGGAGAGGAAGGCGACAGCAGGGGAUAGGAGUCAAAACCAAGGGAGGAGGAGCGACACCAGGGGAGAGGAGUCAAAACCAAGGAGGAGGAGGCGACACCAGGGGAGAGGAGUCAAAACCAAGGAGGAGGAGGCGACACCAGGGAGAGGAGUCAAAACCAAGGAGGAGGAGGCGACACCAGGGGAGAGGAGUCAAAACCAAGGAGGAGGAGGCGACACCAGGGGAGAGGAGUCAAAACCAAGGAGGAGGAGGCGACACCAGGGGAGAGGAGUCAAAACCAAGGAGGAGGAGGCGACACCAGGGGAGAGGAGUCAAAACCAAGGAGGAGGAGGCGACACCAGGGGAGAGGAGUCAAAACCAAGGAGGAGGAGGCGACACCAGGGGAGAGGAGUCAAAACCAAGGAGGAGGAGGCGACACCAGGGGAGAGGAGUCAAAACCAAGGAGGAGGAGGCGACACCAGGGGAGAGGAGUCAAAACCAAGGAGGAGGAGGCGACACCAGGGGAGAGGAGUCAAAACCAAGGAGGAGGAGGCGACACCAGGGGAGAGGAGUCAAAACCAAGGAGGAGGAGGCGACACCAGGGGAGAGGAGUCAAAACCAAGGAGGAGGAGGCGACACCAGGGGAGAGGAGUCAAAACCAAGGAGGAGGAGGCGACACCAGGGGAGAGGAGUCAAAACCAAGGAGGAGGAGGCGACACCAGGGGAGAGGAGUCAAAACCAAGGAGGAGGAGGCGACACCAGGGGAGAGGAGUCAAAACCAAGGAGGAGGAGGCGACACCAGGGGAGAGGAGUCAAAACCAAGGAGGAGGAGGCGACACCAGGGGAGAGGAGUCAAAACCAAGGAGGAGGAGGCGACACCAGGGGAGAGGAGUCAAAACCAAGGAGGAGGAGGCGACACCAGGGGAGAGGAGUCAAAACCAAGAGGAGGAGGCGACACCAGGGGAGAGGAGUCAAAACCAAGGAGGAGGAGGCGACACCAGGGGAGAGGAGUCAAAACCAAGGAGGAGGAGGCGACACCAGGGGAGAGGAGUCAAAACCAAGGAGGAGGAGGCGACACCAGGGGAGAGGAGUCAAAACCAAGGAGGAGGAGGCGACACCAGGGGAGAGGAGUCAAAACCAGGGAGGAGGAGGCGACACCAGGGGAGAGGAGUCAAAACCAAGGAGGAGGAGGCGACACCAGGGGAGAGGAGUCAAAACCAAGGAGGAGGAGGCGACACCAGGGGGAGAGGAGUCAAAACCAAGGAGAGGAGAGGCGACACCAGGGGAGAGGAGUCAAAACCAAGAGGAGGAGGCGACACCAGGGGGAGAGGAGUCAAAACCAAGGAGGAGGAGGCGACACCAGGGGAGAGGAGUCAAAACCAAGGAGGAGGAGGCGAUACCAGGGGGAGAGGAGUCAAACCAAGGAGGAGGAGGCGACACAGGGGGAGAGGAGUCAAAACCAAGGAGGAUGGAGGGCGACACCAGGGGAGAGGAUGUCAAAACCAAGGAGGAGGAGCCGACACCAGGGGAGAGGAGUCAAAACCAAGGAGGAGGAGGCGACACCAGGGAGAGGAGUCAAAACCAAGGAGGAGGAGGAACCCCAGGGAGAGGAGUCAAACCAAGGAGGAGGAGGCGACACCAGGGGAGAGGAGUCAAAACCAAGGAGGAGGAGCGACACCAGGGUAGAGGAGUCAAAACCAAGGAGGAGGAAGGCGACACCAGGGGAGAGGAGUCAAAACCAAGGAGGAGGAGGCGACACCAGGGGAGAGGAGUCAAAACCAAGGAGGAGGAGGCGACACCAGGGGAGAGGAGUCAAAACCAAGGAGGAGGAGGCGACACCAAGGGGAGAGGAGUCAAAACCAGGAGGAGGAGGCGACACCAGGGGAGAGGAGUCAAAACCAAGGAGGAGGAGGCGACACCAGGGGAGAGGAGUCAAAACCAAGGGAGGAGGAGGCGACACCAGGGGAGAGGAGUCAAAACCAAGGAGGAGGAGGCGACACCAGGGGAGAGGAGUCAAAACCAAGGAGGAGGAGGCGACACCAGGGGAGAGGAGUCAAAACCAAGGAGGAGGAGGCGACACCAGGGGAGAGGAGUCAAAACCAAGGAGGAGGAAGGAGGCGACACCAGGGGAGAGGAGUCAAAAACCAGGGAGGAGGAGGCGACACCAGGGGAGAGGAGUCAAAACCAAGGAGGAGGAGGCGACACCAGGGGAGAGGAGUCAAAACUAAGGAGGAGGAGGCGACACCAGGGGAGAGGAAGUCAAAACCAAGGAGGAGGAGGCGACACCAGGGGAGACGGAGAAAACCAAGAGGAGGAGGCGACACCAGGGGAGAGGAGUCAAAACCAAGGAGGAGGAGGCGACACCAGGGGAGAGGAGUCAAAACCAAGGAGGAGGAGGCGACACCCAGGGGAGAGGAGUCAAAACCAAGGAGGAGGAGGCGACACCAGGGGAGAGGAGUCAAAACCAAGGAGGAGGAGGCGACACCAGGGGAGAGGAGUCAAAACCAAGAGAGGAGGAGGCGACACCAGGGGAGAGGAGUCAAAACCAAGGAGGAGGAGGCGACACCAGGGGAGAGGAGUCAAAACCAAGGAGGAGGAGGCGACACCAGGGGAGAGGAGUCAAAACCAAGGAGGAGGAGGCGACACCAGGGGAGAGGAGUCAAACCAAGGAGGAGGAGGCGGACACCAGGGGAGAGGAGUCAAAACCAAGGAGGAGGAGGCGACACCAGGGGAGAGGAGUCAAAACCAAGGAGGAGGAGGCGACACCAGGGGAGAGGAGUCAAAACCAAGGAGGAGGAGGCGACACCAGGGGAGAGGAGUCAAAACCAAGGAGGAGGAGGCGACACCAGGGGAGAGGAGUCAAAACCAAGGAGGAGGAGGCGACACCAGGGGAGAGGAGUCAAAACCAAGGAGGAGGAGGCGACACCAGGGGAGAGGAGUCAAAACCAAGGAGGAGGAGGCGACACCAGGGGAGAGGAGUCAAAACCAAGGAGGAGGAGGCGACACCAGGGGAGAGGAGUCAAAACCAAGGAGGAGGAGGCGACACCAGGGGAGAGGAGUCAAAACCAAGGAGGAGGAGGCGACACCAGGGGAGAGGAGUCAAAACCAAGGAGGAGGAGGCGACACCAGGGGAGAGGAGUCAAAACCAAGGAGGAGGAGGCGACACCAGGGGAGAGGAGUCAAAACCAAGGAGGAGGAGGCGACACCAGGGGAGAGGAGUCAAAACCAAGGAGGAGGAGGCGACACCAGGGGAGAGGAGUCAAAACCAAGGAGGAGGAGGCGACACCAGGGGAGAGGAGUCAAAACCAAGGAGGAGGAGGCGACACCAGGGGAGAGGAGUCAAAACCAAGGAGGAGGAGGCGACACCAGGGGAGAGGAGUCAAAACCAAGGAGGAGGAGGCGACACCAGGGGAGAGGAGUCAAAACCAAGGAGGAGGAGGCGACACCAGGGGAGAGGAGUCAAAACCAAGGAGGAGGAGGCGACACCAGGGGAGAGGAGUCAAAACCAGAGAGAGGCGACCAGGGAGGAGUCAAAACCAAGGAGGAGGAGGCGACACCAGGGAGAGGAGUCAAAACCAAGGAGGAGGAGGCGACACCAGGGGAGAGGAGUCAAAACCAAGGAGGAGGAGGCGACACCAGGGGAGAGGAGUCAAAACCAAGGAGGAGGAGGCGACACCAGGGGAGAGGAGUCAAAACCAAGGAGGAGGAGGCGACACCAGGGGAGAGGAGUCAAAACCAAGGAGGAGGAGGCGACACCAGGGGAGAGGAGUCAAAACCAAGGAGGAGGAGGCGACACCAGGGGAGAGGAGUCAAAACCAAGGAGGAGGAGGCGACACCAGGGGAGAGGAGUCAAAACCAAGGAGGAGGAGGCGACACCAGGGGAGAGGAGUCAAAACCAAGGAGGAGGAGGCGACACCAGGGGAGAGGAGUCAAAACCAAGGAGGAGGAGGCGACACCAGGGGAGAGGAGUCAAAACCAAGGAGGAGGAGGCGACACCAGGGGAGAGGAGUCAAAACCAAGGAGGAGGAGGCGACACCAAGGGGAGAGGAGUCAAACAAGGAGGAGGAGGCGACACCAGGGGAGAGGAGUCAAAACCAAGGAGGAGGAGGCGAACACCAGGGGAGAGGAGUCAAAACCCAAGGGAGGAGGAGGCGACACCAGGGAGGAGGAGGCGACCCAGGGAGAGGAGUCAAAACCAAGGAGGAGGAGGCGACACAGGGGAGAGGAAGUCAAAACCAAGGGAGGAGGAGGGCGACACCAGGGGAGAGAGGAGUCAAAACCAAGGAGGAGGAGGCGAAACCAGGGGAGAGAGUCAAAACCAAGGAGGAGGAGGCGCAGACCAGGGGAGAGGAGGAUUCAAACCAAGGAGGAGGAGGCGACACCAGGGGAGAGGAGUCAAAACCAAGGAGGAGGAGGCGACACCAGGGAGAGGAGUCAAAACCAAGGAGGAGGAGGCGACACCAGGGGAGAGGAGUCAAAACCAAGGAGGAGGAGGCGACACCAGGGGAGAGGAGUCAAAACCAAGGAGGAGGAGGCGACACCAGGGGAGAGGAGUCAAAACCAAGGAGGAGGAGGCGACACCAGGGGAGAGGAGUCAAAACCAAGGAGGAGGAGGCGACACCAGGGGAGAGGAGUCAAAACCAAGGAGGAGGAGGCGACACCAGGGGAGAGGAGUCAAAACCAAGGAGGAGGAGGGCGACACCAGGGGAGAGGAGUCAAAACCAAGGAGGAGGAGGCGACACCAGGGGAGAGGAGUCAAAACCAAGGAGGAGGAGGCGACACCAGGGGAGAGGAGUCAAAACCAAGGAGGAGGAGGCGACACCAGGGGAGAGGAGUCAAAACCAAGGAGGAGGAGGCGACACCAGGGGAGAGGAGUCAAAACCAAGGAGGAGGAGGCGACAACCAGGGGAGAGGAGUCAAAACCAAGGAGGAGGAGGCGACACCAGGGGAGAGGAGUCAAAACCAAGGAGGAGGAGGCGACACCAGGGGAGAGGAGUCAAAACCAAGGAAGGAGGAGGCGACACCAGGGGAGAGUAUCAAAACCAAGGAGGAGGAGGCGACACCAGGGGAGAGGAGUCAAAACCCAAGGAGGAGGAGGCGACACCAGGGGAGAGGAGUCAAAACCAAGGAGGAGGAUGCGAACACCAGGGCGAGAGGAGUCAAACCAAGGAGGAGGAUGCGACACCAGGGGAGAGGAGUCAAAACCAAGGAGGAGGAUGCGACACCAGGGGAGAGGAGUCAAAACCAAGGAGGAGGAUGCGACACCAGGGGGAGGAGUCAAAACCAAGGAGGAGGAGGCAACACCAGGGGAGAGGAGUCAAAACCAAGGAGGAGGAGGCAACACCAGGGGAGGAGGCAAACCAAGGAGGAGGCGGCGACACCCAGGGGAGAGGAGUCAAAACCAAGGAGGAGGAGGCGACACCAGGGGAGAGGAGUAAAAACCAAGGAGGAGGAGGCAACACCAGGGGAGAGGAGUCAAAACCAAGGAGGAGGAAGUCAAAACCAAGGAGGAGGAGGCGACACCAGGGGAGAGGAGUCAAAACCAAGGAGGAGGAGGCGACACCAGGGGAGAGGAGUCAAAACCAAGGAGGAGGAGGCGACUCCAGGGGAGAGGAGUCAAAACCAAGGAGGAGGAGGCGACACCAGGGGAGAGGAGUCAAAACCAAGGAGGAGGAGGCGACACCAGGGGAGAGGAGUCAAAACCAAGGAGGAGGAGGCGACACCAGGGGAGAGGAGUCAAAACCAAGGAGGAGGAGGCGACACCAGGGGAGAGGAGUCAAAACCAAGGAGGAGGAGGCGACACCAGGGGAGAGGAGUCAAAACCAAGGAGGAGGAGGCGACACCAGGGGAGAGGAGUCAAAACCAAGGAGGAGGAGGCGACACCAGGGGAGAGGAGUCAAAACCAAGGAGGAGGAGGCGACACCAGGGGAGAGGAGUCAAAACCAAGGAGGAGGAGGCGACACCAGGGGAAAGGAGUCAAAACCAGGGAGGAGGAGGCGACACCAGGGGAGAGGAGUCAAAACCAAGGAGGAGGAUGCAACACCAGGGGAGAGGAGUCAAAACCAAGGAGGAGGAGGCGACACCAGGGGAGAGGAGUCAAAACCAAGGAGGAGGAGAAGGCGACACCAGGGGAGAGGAGUCAAAACCAAGGAGGAGGAGGCCACUCCAGGGGAGAGGAGUCAAAACCAAGGAGGAGGAGGCGACACCAGGGGAGAGGAGUCAAAACCAAGGAGGAGGAGGCGACACCAGGGGAGAGGAGUCAAAACCAAGGAGGAGGAGGCGACACCAGGGGAGAGGAGUCAAAACCAAGGAGGAGGAGGCGACACCAGGGGAGAGGAGUCAAAACCAAGGAGGAGGAGGCGACACCAGGGGAGAGGAGUCAAAACCAAGGAGGAGGAGGCGACAUCAGGGGAGAGGAGUCAAAACCAAGGAGGAGGAGACGACACCAGGGGAGAGGAGUCAAAACCAAGGAGGAGGAGGCGACACCAUUGGAGAGGAGUCAAAACUAAGGAGGAGGAGGCGACACCAGGGGAGAGGAGUCAAAACCAAGGAGGAGGAGGCAACACCAGGGGAGAGGAGUCAAAACCAAGGAGGAGGAGGCAACACCAGGGGAGAGGAGUCAAAACCAAGGAGGAGGAGGCGACACCAGGGGAGAGGAGUCAAAACCAACGAGGAGGAGGCGCCACCAGGGGAGAGGAGUCAAAACCAAGGAGGAGGAGGCGACACCAGGGGAGAGGAGUCAAAACCAAGGAUGAGGAGGCGAGACCAGGAGAGAGGAGUCAAAACCAAGGAGGAGGAGGCGAGACCAGGGGAGAGGAGUCAAAACCAAGGAGCAGGAGGCAACACCAGGGGAGAGGAGUCAAAACCAAGGAGGAGGAGGCGACACCAGGGGAGAGGAGUCAAAACCAAGGAGGAGGAGGCGACAUCAGGGGAGAGGAGUCAAAACCAAGGAGGAGGAGACGACACCAGGGGAGAGGAGUCAAAACCAAGGAGGAGGAGGCGCCACCAGGGGAGAGGAGUCAAAACCAAGGAGGAGGAUGCGACACCAGGGGAGAGGAGUCAAAACCAAGGAGGAGGAGGCGAGACCAGGAGAGAGGAGUCAAAACCAAGGAGGAGGAGGCGAGACCAGGGGAGAGGAGUCAAAACCAAGGAGGAGGAGGCAACACCAGGGGAGAGGAGUCAAAACCAAGGAGGAGGAGGUGACACCAGGGGAGAGGAGUCAAAACCAAGGAGGAGGAGGCGACACCAGGGGAGAGGAGUCAAAACCAAGGAGGAGGAGGCGACACCAGGGGAGAGGAGUCAAAACCAAGGAGGAGGAGGCGACACCAGGGGAGAGGAGUCAAAACCAAGGAGGAGGAGGCGACACCAGGGGAGAGGAGUCGAAACCAAGGAGGAGGAGGCGACACCAGGGGAGAGGAGUCAAAACCAAGGAGGAGGAGGCGACACCAGGGGAGAGGAGUCAAAACCAAGGAGGAGGAGGCGACACCAGGGGAGAGGAGUCAAAACCAAGGAGGAGGAGGCGACACCAGGGGAGAGGAGUCAAAACCAAGGAGGAGGAGGCAACACCAGGGGAGAGGAGUCAAAACCAAGGAGGAGGAGGUGA